AGAAAUCCGCACCGUCAUCAGUCCCUCCCCCGUAGACAUUCAUCGGGAAAAAAACCGUAUCCUUCCGCUUUAAAAAAACAUUAUGGAGACCUUUAAGGAAUAUCUCGGUUUAAGACGGAUGGUACGCUUUGAAUCCAUUUUUUAGCGCCAUUUUCAAUGUCUGCUCCGAGAGUAGAAUGCCAGCAAAGAAGCAUGGGCGGGCGAAGGCCUAGAGAAGCAAAAUCAGUAGACGAAAAGGGCGAUGAUGAAAAUGUCAGCAUGUUACUCGAUUGCUUCAAGCGCGGAAUGAUAUACCAUAAAACUCCUCCAAGAUCUGCUCAAAAAGAGAAGAUACAGAACAAAGAUUCUUUCAGUAUAGCGACUACCAGCUAUGGGAGGUCUUCAGAGAUUGUGCAGUCUUCCUUAUCCAUUUCCUUGAACAAAUCUGAUGAUGAAACGUCCAAAUUGCAACAGCAAGCUGCGAAUUUUUCAGUUCUGAAGGCUUCAAAAACCCCCACAGAUAGAAGACAACAAAAUCAUGGCAAACAAAUAUCACCUGGAGUGUUCUAUGGAUCCCCCGCUGGUAAACCCUCAAAGAAACCUCCUCAACUAUUACGAUUGUUACAUGAAAUUCAUAAAGACCUAACAGAAGAGAAUGAUCUGCGUCUAAGAACUGUUGUAUGGGCUACUUUCCCACGACAAGAACAAGCAUUACAAUUCGCAGAAAGCCAUUCAAAAGUUCAUGUGUUUAGCUAUCAAGACCAUCUCAAUGGGAAGCGUAGGUUCCUUGCUACAACAUAUGAAGAAUUUUGGAGAAGGUAUGAAGCCAUGGACCCCAAGUAUCGUCAUCAUUACGAAGUAAUUCAAGAGGGUUCUCCUUGCCAUCUAUAUUUUGAUCUGGAGUAUAAUUGUACUGCAAACCUAAAUGCAGAUGGAGUGGCAAUGGUGGAUUUAUUGUUGUCUGUUAUUUCUGAUGCCAUGCUUGACAUAUACAGUUUCAAUUUUGAAACUGAUUGGACAGUAGAGCUUGAUUCAUCAACAACAGAAAAAUUUUCUCGUCACUUGGUAGUUCAUAUGCCAAAUGCUGCCUUCAAGGAUAAUUCACAUGUUGGUGCCUUUGUUGGGGAGAUAUGUGCACGCAUAGCCAAUUUGCGAGAAGUUGAUGCGAAGUUCAAUCAAUUAUAUGUCUUGAAGAACAAUAGCCUUUCACAAAUCUGUAGCGAACUUUUCGUUGAUUCUGCUGUCUAUUCUAGAAAUCGAUGCUUUCGAUUGCCACUAUCUUCAAAAGCAGGAAAAAAUUCUUUUCUCUUGCCAACAGGUCGUUUCAGAUGCAAGAAUAUGAGUGAGUGUCAAAUGUUCAUGGAAUCACUUAUAUGCAAAAUGGACAAGUGUGAGAAAUUGCUGACUUUUGAUGCAAAAGCUGUUGGUAAUGGAGGAGGUGUUACAGACAUUAUACUUGCAGCGUAUCCUGUCAGGCAUCCAAAAACUAUUACUCAUUCAUGCACAUCAGGACGAUCUCCAUUUCCAGCUGUUGAUGCUUUUGUGGAAUCUGUUUCUUCUGUGGGAAAUAUUCCAGGGAGUAUCCGAAGCUGGUAUUGGUUCUCAGAGCAUGGUGUGAUUGUUUACAAUAUAAAUGGUAAUCGAUUUUGUGAAAACAUCGGCAGGCAGCACAAGAGCAAUCAUGUGAUGUAUAUUGUGGACUUCCGAUCAGCUAGUUACUAUCAAAAAUGUCAUGAUCCUGACUGCAGAGGUUUCCGGUCCCCAUUACGUCCAAUUCCAGAGGAAACUAUUUGCUGGACCUUCCCAGUCCCAGAAGUUCUACAAAUAAAGAAUAAUGGAGAGGAAAACAGUAUGCACAACAAUCUUGAAUCAUCACUUUCUGAUGUCUUGGAGGAUGAAACAUGGUGGCAAGAGGUUGUAAGCACUGUUGAGGACGUGGAAAAUAAAAGAAGACAUUUGGAAUCAAGUCAACAGGAAUGCACAAGCAAUUGUAAUGAUGAUGACGACUGGUGGAUAGCUGUUGAGGAAGAAGCUUCUCAACUUGAGAAGAGGAUAGCAUGAAGUUUGGAUGAACUCUUUCUCAACAUGCACGUGGUGCAGAAAGUGCACUUAUCUGAGUGGUUUCAUCCAUCAACCAUGUGAAGGGAGAUCCAUCUAUGAUCUUGUUUCUUCUAUGAGAAAAUUGAAAUAUUGAACAGAAAAAUUGAUGGGGCUUCAAGUUUUAGUGAAUAGCUAUAAUUUCCGCAUUCCUGAUUUAGAUGGCAUGACCAUUGCUGUUAUUUUUCUUCCCGUGUACGGGAGGCUUGAAAAACAGGUAGGAGCAGAUUUUAUUUGUAUGCUUCAAAAAUUGAAUACAUCUUAGGAGGGUUGCAUAUGCUACGUGGUGCUAAUCGGUCCAGUUAAUAUGAUGUGUGAAAUGUGAGUUAUCUCCCAUAUUAAUAAGUUAAUGAAGGAAAUAGAGUCCAAACUAAUUUGCGAGGUAGGGACAUUGGCAUUGAGUAAACCAGUUUACUGCUGACCAAGGCAAGGAAACUGGGAAACUAAUAAUGAUCAGCGCAGGCUUUCAAUGGAUGCUGGACCUGACGAAAAAUGAAGUGAAAGACAAAAACGGGGAAUUGAGAGAAAUUAAUGUUAACGAGGUUAUCACUUCGACCUAGUGAGUAGUGAGGCAAGAAGAUAAAAUAUGCAGUAGAAUAUCUAAGAUUCUAAUAUCCAAAAUAUGCAGUAGAAUAUCUAAGAUUCUAAUAUCCAAGGGGUAGAAACAAUAAAAGUGCAUAAAUCCAAGGAUUGUAACUUAGUCUAGAUAUAGAAAGGAGAGGAUAUAAUCUUUCCAAUCUAUGUCUAGAAACUAAAACUUGUACGCCUUUUUAGUUUAUACUUAAUAGGUAAGUUAAAAUUGUGAAUU